AUGACAGGGACCCAUGACGUCCAUCUAUUGGAGAGUAUGAGCGAAUUGGAACAGCACCGGCAAAGCAGAAUACAUGAAUUAAUACAGACAGAACAGGCCUAUGUAGAUGAUAUGCAGCUUGCAGUUGAGGUGUUCCAGAAACCGAUGUUAGAAUCUCAGAUUAUGACCCCUCAAGAGAUGGCCGCGGUCUUUGUCAAUUGGAAGGAACUCAUUCAGUGCAAUACAAAGCUACUCAAAGCCCUUCGUGUGAGGAAAAAGAUGAGUGGUGAGGACCAACCCGUUCAUAUGAUAGGAGAUAUCUUGUGUGAACAGCUUCCUCGCAUGACGCCCUACAUCCGUUUCUGCAGUUGUCAGCUGAGUGCAUCCAGCAUGCUUUCAAAGAAGAUAGAAAGUGAUGCGGACUUCAAAGAGCAUGUCAAGAAAUUAGCCACAGACACUCGAACGAAAGGUAUGCCAGUCAGCAGUUACCUGAUCAAGCCCAUGCAGCGUAUCACGAGAUAUCCGCUUCUUACACAGAAGAUUCUGAAAUACACACCUGAAACCCAUGCCGACUACGCCAACAUCAAAACGGCGUGUGAGAAGGCGGAGGAACUGUGUCAACAGGUCAACGAAGGGGUGAGAGAGAAAGAGAACUCGGACAGACUGGAGUGGCUCCAGAAUCAUGUAGACUGCGCUGGACUAGCAGAGGAAUUGAUUUUCAACUCACUGACUAAUUGCCUAGGUCCAAGGAAAUAUCUCCACUCAGGAAGACUCAAUAAGGCCAAGAGUAGCAAGGAGCUGUAUGUCUUUCUCUUCAAUGACUUCUUACUCUUCACUCAACCUGUCAAGUCCGGUCUCCCGAUGCCUUUCACAACGUCAGAUAACAAGAAUGUGGUGGAAUACAAAAUGUACAAGCAUCCUCUGUUCCUGAACGAAGUGGAGCUAAAAAUUCCCACUGACGCGGCAGCCGAUGAUUUCAUCUUUCACAUAAAUCACAUAGACAAGGUCUAUGCACUGAGAGGAGAGAGCAACAAUGACAGGAAUCGUUGGAAAGACAAGAUAGAAAAGGCUUCCAAACACUACAUUGAAACAGAGAAGAAGAAACGGGAGAAGCUGCAGAGAGCUCGGUCUCAGAGAAGCAAAGGUGUAGGACGUCUGAUGGCAGUCAUCAUCGAGGGAUACGAUUUAAAACCAUCCAAUUCACUCACAGGUCGCUCUGACCCAUACUGCGAGGUCAGCAUGGGGUCACAGGAACACAAGACCAAGGUAGUACUUGAUAACCUGAACCCGAUCUGGGAUUCCUCCAUGCAGUUCAUUGUCCGAGACCUGGAGCAAGAUGUCCUCUGUAUCACCGUCUAUGAUAGGGACUUCUUCUCCCCCAAUGAUUUCUUGGGAAGGACUGAAGUGAGAGUUGCUGACAUCCUAAAAGAGACUCAGGGAAGGGGACCGAUGACCAAGAGACUCUUACUCCAUGAAGUGUCCACUGGUGAGGUCAAGGUCAAGCUUACCCUUCACCUUUUUGACCAGUCAUGACCUUUGACAGCAGCAAGGGAUGAUGUCGGUGUUUUCCAAUUAGCAGAGGCUAGAUGAUAUGUCUGUAUGCUUGACUGAUGUCUUUAUUGUAAUUUUGCAAUUUGUUGUCCUUCAUUGAAAAAUGAACAAGAAAAAGUUUUCCUCUUUCCCCUGCAUUCAUUAGAUACACUGAGUUUCACCGAGGUUUAACUUGGCAAUGUAACUCAUUAAAUUUGUGACUCAUAUGGUCCCAAUCCCCAACAGUAUAUGUUUGGGUUAUUCAAAGGAACAACUGAAUAUGUAAGAAUGAGGUGAUUCAUUAAAGGCCAGGGAUUUCAUUCAUGUACAAGGAGCAUUCUACAAAAAAAGAAUAAAUAGAUAAAAGUGGGCCACUGAGCACAGGUGUAACGGUAAAAAUUGUUUUUAAUACCAAACUAAUUGUCCAUGGGCAAGACGCUACAAGCCAAAAGGUGGUUGGAACAAUUAAUUACAAUGUGCUAUUUUUUAGAAUGGCCUUAACUUAUACAUAAAAACACAGUAUAUGAAUCAUUGCUCUGUAAAGUAUUUGAAUAUAACACUUUUUUAAUGAGAGUAACGUUUUCAAAACAAUUUUAUGUCUAUCUCUGGUCAUCAAAUUUGUCAAAAUAAGGUAAAGGAUAACACAGAGCAUUAUGCUAAGUAAGGGAUAUGAGAUACACUUUGUUUCUCCAACACCAUACUUCUUUAACUUUUAAAACUAUAUCAAUUAUGAGACACGUAUUAUUUUACUUACAAUAAAACUUCUGUUGACAUGAUGUUGUGAAAGUACCGAACAUGUAAUGUCAGUGAGACUGUACUAGCCCAUCUGAUUUUUACAACCUUAGUUUUAAAAAGGGUAUCAUAAAGUGUUUGAGAAGUCUUGCAAUAUUUCAACUGUGCCCAUUGUCAUUCAUAAGCCUGCCAACAUUCAGUAGGCAAAGUGUUCAUUCAAAAAAUAAUCUCAAUCUAAAUUAAUUUGAUUGUUUUACAUAAUAUAUACACCAGGGUGCUUUUCAUUCGUAUUUUGUUUUGUUACUCUGUGUUUAUCAAUCAUGCAAAUCUCAUCUGAAAUAUAACUCAGCUAGCGUAAAUGCAGAAAAGGUGAGAAACCCUGAUUUGAAUUUUCUUGUCCUCCUAUUAGAUGGCUCUAUAUUUGUGAUGGAACCUCUGACACAAGAUAUUCAAAUAUAUUGUUGUGUGCCUGAGCAGAGCAGCUACUCCUUGUGUUGUGCAGUUGGGUGUGCCACAGACUCGACAGUGACACACCACAAACACACUGCAUACACAUUGUAAAAACACUGUGCGACUCGCUGCAAACACACUGAGUCUCAGAAUACACUGAACACACAGAGAACACACUGUGAACACACCAUGAACACACAGAGAACACACUAUGAACACACUGGACACACUAUGAACACACUGAGAACACACUAUGAACAUACUGUGAACACACUGAGAAUACACUGAACACACUCAGAAUACACUGUGAGCUCACUUAGAAUACACUUUCAGCACAAUGAGAACAUAUUGUAAGCACACUCAGAAUACACUGAGAACACAAUCCGAAUAAACUGUACAAAAUGUGAACAUGCUGAGAACACACUGUGUACACAUGGUGAACACAUUGUGAACACACUGAUAACACACUGAGAACACAAUCCGAAUAAACUGUGCACAAAAUGUGAACAUGCUGAGAACACACUGAGAACACACUGUGAACACACUGAGAACACACUGUGAACACACUGAGAACAUAGCUGAACAUGCUAUGAAGACACUGUUAACACUUUGCAAACACAUAGUAUGACACUAUUCUUUUCCAACUGGUCCAUCUUCAGGAAGAGAUUAAAUACCCCUGCAGUUGUGUUGAAUUGAUUCACUGCAAUAUCAAAUGUUACAGUCCUGAGCAAAUAUAAGAUCUGUAUUUCAGAUGCGUGAUUUGUGUUAUAUUGUUUUUAACCAUGCGUACUUACAUUCAUACAUUCCAUUAGUUUCCAACCAUGAUACUUAUAGUGGUUUAUUUAUACAUGUAGUGAAAUAUACAUAGACAAAUUAUAGAUAUAUAAUAGGAUAGGCUAAAACAGGCCACAGUAGUGCUAAGUGUAGAAGUCCUUAGCAUGUCCAUGAAGCAGAAAGUUAGUUAUCAAUCUAGCUUCCCUGUCUCUUUUAAUUGCAAGUUUAGGUUUGAUACAGAGUACAAUCAUCAAUAAGAAUCGAUAAGUUAUGAAUUCAUGAUAUUGUCCCUCCACAAUGUUUAGGCUGCAUGUGUAUUGAGAAAUGUAAGUGAUCAUUGGUCAAGUUUCUGGGUCCUGUUUCAUAAAGACCUGUUAUAGUAACAAAUGCACAAUUUCUAAAGCAAGUUUAACUGUUAUUGCACAUUUAUUAUGAAACUGGCAUUUGGACUCUGAUUUUUGACCUGGGGUCACAAGUUCAGGGUUGAGUUCUAACAAUGCACUGUACAGUCCUUUUGCAUGGUAUUCAUCUAGUUUUGCCGCUCUCUACCCAGGUGCUAAGCUGGUACCAAAUGCAUGGGCCUGCAGUGUAUUUUGAACUCUGAUUAAUGUAAACUGUGGUCUAAAGUUGUGGUUUAACUAUGGAUAGCCAAUCUCUGUAACAGUAUAUGUCCGAUACAUCAGCUCAUCUGUCUAUUAGAUCUUGCGUGAUCGUCCGGGAAUAAUAAUUGAUCUUUUCCCCCCAUUAUAGCAUGAUGAAAUAGCACAUUGGAAAUCAGAUAUAUGCAAUGUUAACCAAAUUUUGGCUUUUCAUAAUCAUAGCACAGGGUUAGAUCAUGGCCUGUGUCAAACAAGACUUCACAAUAUGGGCUAUUGGGUAUUAUUAUACAAAGUUAGAGUUUUUAUCUCAAUCUGAAGAUCUUUAGCAAUAAUGACCUCUGAAGCACUUACACAUGAAAUACAUAAUGCCUACAUACAUAGGCCCGUAUUCUGAACUCGGGUUUAAAUUAAACCGUGGUUUAAACUUAUGGUUUAACUAUGGAUAGCCAAUUGGGGCACAAAACCCUAUUAUUACAUGUUCAAUGAAUUAACUCACAUGACACUCAAAUCAUUCAUAACAGCUGGGAAUGAUAACUCAAGUAAUUUUUCUCAUUAUGAAAUCAAAAUGCAAACGAAAUAGUAAACAUAAGAAAUAAACAAUGUAAACAGAAUUUUCUAAUGUUUGGCUCCCAUGAUUUUAUCACAGAGUUAGGCCGCAGUCUAAGUUAAACCUGACUUCAAAAUACGGGCUUAUGUUUAAAUUACUGCUCUCUCUCUGUCUUUAUUUUGGAGAAAUAGAGCCCUUUUUUCCAAGAAGCUGAUGAGCAAUCCCAUUUUUUUUUUGCAUGACAUUAGACUGAUUUGGGAAACCCAAAUAGUUUUGCAUGAUAUUCAGUUUCUUGCAAGCCAUGGCCCCAUUCGUUUUGAAUAAUUACUAAAAAAUAUUUUUUAAUUGUACUUGCUUCUCCUACAGGUAGUAAUGAUAAUCCCCAUUUUUUAAGUCUGUGGAGUUACUGUGAUAGAUGUUGAAUAUGAUUAACAUAGUGCACGAUAGUAUAAAUAUGUAUGCCCAUCCACACAUUAAUAGUUCAUGUAUUUGAGACAUUUUUUUUUUCACUCUAAGAGGUCUAUUGAGCAAUAUGUAUGUUUGCAAUGUUUGUAUUAACUAGUGUUCUAUUUAAUAGAAAAAAUAACUUUAUAUUAUUCCUUUAAUAAUACUUACUCCCCUUGCCUAUAGAAAGAUAUCGUAAAUUGAUGUGAUGCUACUUGAGAUCAAACAUGUGACACUUUGCUUGUAGUUAGUCUGACUUUAUUUAGUCUGCAUUUUCAUUUACUGUAUAUGAAAUUUUGUAAUGAAUAUAAAAGUCAUGUUACAUGUAGUGUCAUUAUUGUUAGAUUAUAGCUUGGGCUAUAUCGCCAUUGUCUCAGAACGAGAAACAAGGUAAGCUUGUUUUUCCAUAAUUGUUUGACAAGCAGUGUUUUUGUACACAAAUAUUGGUGGUUUAUUUUUAUCUACCUAUUGUCUUUUUAAUUAUUGAAUUCCACUUUGAGUGUUGGUAAAUCUAAAAUUAUUCAUGUUCAUAUUCAAAUUCAUUGUCGGGUUAAAUGAAGAAUCAAGUCAUGAUACAGAUGUGGUCUAAAAGAUGUGAUCUGAGAAAUGCAAUUGAACUAUGUAAAUUGAAAAUUUUGUUUCUGACCUUUAUAGCAACCAGUAAUUAUUCGAUUUUGGCAUGCAUAAAAACGUUCCUCUACUUUUCAACAUAGAUACAUGUAGCUAAUUCCUACACUGUUAAUCACAGAACAAGUGGGUUCAGUAAACUUUUUUUUGGGGGGGGAGUUGGGGAUGUUUAUUUUGUGUGUCGGUUUUUUAUUUCCAAUGUUAGAGUAUCAGCUACUUGUAUUAUUAUUUUUUAUUUAUUUGACACAUUGUAGCAAUCUAAAGCACAUAAUUCUCAGUUCAGAUAACCCAAUCUCUUGAUAAAGGUCUUAUAAUGUUAGAGAGUCAACAAAGCUUACUGGUUCCAUUGUUGAAGAUUACAAAAAGACAUGAAACUGCUGAAAUUAAACUAUGCUUGAUAAUUAAAAGAAAAUAUGCUCAAAGCUUUUUAACUGAUAUUUCCUGGUAUAUACCCAUGGGGUAAGACGUAUCGUAUGAUAUUUAGAUGGAAGAAACAUUAUUACAUGUAUUUCAAUGUCUUCUAUGAAUAUAAAAUGAAAUCAAGUUGAAUAUAUUAUAUUGCCAAAAAUGCAUCUAAGUAGUGAAUUCAGUCCCUCGUGAUGAAAAUAACCAUUCUAAUUUGUUUAUGUAAAUUGUAUCUGUGUACAAUAAUCCAAUGAUUCAAAGCUUAUUAAUAAAGUAUGAAUUUUUCAAACUAA